AUGGAAGCAGCGGAGUUAAAGGAGCUACUCAGACAACAGGAAAAUUUUCUGAAGUCUUUAAUGAUCAGUCAAAGAGAAUGGAUGGAAAAAGUGACGAAGCCAGGAAUGGUUAUGGAUGGCUCGGGUAGACUUGCAUCAAAUACACCUGCGCCUCCACCUUUUCAUCAAUACCAGAAAGAGAAGCAUCACUGGGAAUCAUAUUUGAAGCAACUAGAGCAACAUUUUUCGGCAUAUUCGGUAGAGGAAGACCAGCAAAAAAGGGCGUUCCUUCUUUCAUGGGUAGGUUCUGAGAUUUUUGAAUUGGCUCAAAAAUUACUUGGGGACAAAUUAGAGGAUCUGUCAUUUAAGGUUAUCACAGAUAAAUUGUCUGAACAUUUUAAACGCAACGUUCACAUAUUGGCAGCUCGAUAUGAGUUUUUUCAGGCGAAAAUGGGGGAAGGCCAAAGCUAUGCAGACUUGGUAGCUGAGCUACGUGGCUUAUCCCGCAAUUGUAAGUAUAUCUGUUCCAAACCAGAAUGCAAGCAAGAAUUUGUUGAUGAACUGCUGCGGGAUACGAUAGUCAUCAAUACUCCCCACGAUGCUGUCCGUACGGCAGCUCUCCAAAAGCCAAACCCUACUCUGGAAGAUGUACUUUUGAUAGCAGAAUCUUAUGAAGCCACGAAAAACACAGUAAGUGUGCUUAAAAAUGUAAAAGGGCAAAGUACUCAACAGCAAGAAAUUUUUCGUAUAGACGCAAAAAAAACGCGUAAAAAUCGUCCAAAGAGUGAAGUUGCAACGAUGGACAGUCACAUGAUCGAUUUUAUUAACGUGGUAGAUUUAGACAAUCAAAGUGAAACGGCACACGAUACGAAUGUUUUGCAAAGUCAGCCAGUCCGAAAAGGCAAUAAAAUGAUUUUAAAACUUAAAAUAAAUGAUCGGUUUAUGGAUUUCUUAGUGGAUACUGGGGCUUCAUGCUCCAUGGUUAGCAGAGAGCAAUUUAGACAGUUGCAAUGUAACCAGCUGCAGCCGGCAGGCAUUGUUCUUAAGGCGUAUGGUGACAUUACAGUGCCCGUGCUUGGAAAAGCAUUCGUCAAUGUGGAAUACGACUCGAUUAAAAUGGUGCUACCUCUCAUUGUGACUGAUGUUAAAGCGGCUAAUAAUAUUCUCGGCAUAGACUGGCUAGACUCAUUUGGGCUUAAUAUGAAGCAAGAGGUAGUAUAUAAUAUAUCUAACGUCACGUUAACAUCGAAGAUGGAUUCGUUUAAGCAGGAAGUGGAGCGCCUUGUGUCAGAAGGAAUUUGGAAACCAAUUAAGUUUAGUAAUUGGGCAGCACCAGUCGUCGUGGUACCAAAGAGUGACGGGCGAGUACGAAUCUGUGGGGACUUCAAAGCUUUAAAUGCGCAGUUAGAAGUAGAACAUGCGCUUAUACCGAGAGUAGAAGAGAUGUUAUACAAGGUGCGAGGUGGCAAAUUUUUUGCAAAAAUUGAUCUGUCGGACGCUUACCUCCAGGUUGAGCUGGAUGAUGAAUCGAAGGAGUUUAUGGUCGUCAACACAGUCAUGGGAUUGUACCAGUGUCAGAGGUUGCCGUUUGGAGUUGCUAGUGCGCCGGCAAUAUUCCAAAGAUUAGUUGAACAGGUAAUUGCGGGGGUUCGCCAGUGUGGGAACUAUAUUGAUGAUAUAAUUGUGGCAGCCGAAACCACUCAUGAGUUCUUGGACACUUUACGCGAAAUUUUUGAAAGGCUUAAGUCAUAUGGUCUGGUUUGCAAGCGUGAAAAAUGUAUUUUGUUGGAGACAGAAAUUGAAUUUCUAGGCCACAUCAUUAGUGAGACAGGUAUUAGACCUUCAGAUUCCAAGGUUAUCGCGAUUAAAGAAUUGCCACGUCCAACUAACGUGAAAGAUGUACAGGCUUUCAUGGGGAAAGUCAAUUAUUAUAAUAAAUUCAUUAAAAACUUAUCUCAAAUCAGUGCCCCUUUAAAUAUACUCCGCAGGAAUGAUACAGCGUUUGUGUGGCGGAAAGAGCAAGAGUCAGCAUUUCAAUAUUUAAAAUCACAACUAGUGGACGCAACGAGGCUAUCUCAUUUCCGUGACGAUUUGCCUAUAAUUCUGGCUACGGACGCAUCCUCUCAUGGCAUAGGAGCCGUCAUUUCUCAUGUGCUUCCCAAUGGAUCGGAAGUGCCGAUUGCACACGCUUCAAAAACUUUGUACAUACAUCAAAAACGGUAUAGUCAGAUAGAGAAGGAGGCCCUCUCUAUCAUAUACGGGGUGCAGAAGUUUAAUCAGUAUCUUUACGGUCGACAUUUUAUUUUGUAUACGGACCAUAAGCCGCUGGUCUCAAUAUUUAACCCUGAAAAAAAUUUACCUGUCUUUACAGCUCAAAGAUUGCAGCGCUGGGCUUUGUUCUUGAUGGGUUAUCAAUAUAGCAUCAGAUACAAGCCUACAAGUAAACAUGGAAACGCAGACGCGUUGUCGCGGUUACCAAUGGGCCAGGAUGAGCAAUUUGAUGCAAGCGAAAACUCCUGUCUGCAUGUUCAAUUUGAUGAAGUGAUUGAAGCGUUUCCAGUGGAUGCCAAGCAAAUAGCCAGUGCCACAGCCGUAGAUCCCGUUCUAUCCAAAGUACUCAAGUUUUUACGCCACGGCUGGCCGGACUCAUCAAAGCUUAUAGAUAAACAGUUGAAACCUUAUUUUGACCGAAGAUAUUCUCUUCUCAUAGAAAAUAAUAUUAUUUUACUUCAGGCUGAGCACGUUCGCGUCGUUGUUCCAGCAUCGCAGCAGCCAAAUGUGUUGAAGCUCCUCCACGAUGGACACUGGGGGAUCACAAGAAUGAAACAGCUAUCCAGGAGAUAUUGCUGGUGGCCAUUUAUAGACAAGGCCAUAACCGAACGUGCAGCAAAAUGCAUACAAUGUCAGGAAACAAGCAGUAGCCCAAGGAAGGAGUAUUCGUCGUGGCCGUCACCUGAUCAUGCAUGGUAG